AUGUCAAGAAUAAUUUCCACUGGCUCAAUGACACAAUCUUUACCUACUGUUGCUGAUAUUUAUGAUAAAAAUAAUGGUGCCAGCUUAGAAGAAGCAUACUGGAGUUCCCUAAGAAUCCUGUUAUUGGAUUAUAUAAAUGGCCCCAGAUUUAAAACUAGAUAUGUUUCUCCGGAUAACAAAAUCAAUUCUAGACCCGUAUCUGGAACUAAUGUAAGAGUAUCAUCUAAUUCCAGUGCUACUACUGUCUCCACAAAUCCGUUAGAUGAGCAUGCUAUGAUCAUAUAUAUUUUACCCAAAUUAGCUAAGAGGUUAAGAGCAAUAACAAUAGGAGAAGUAAAGAUUUCCAACCCUCUUCUGAGAAGAUCUUUAUUAAAAUUUUACAACGAUAAUAUUAUGGAUAAAGAAAUGUACCUUGAAUUGAAAAAGUUAAAUAGAUUUGAGGUUUUGCUAAUUAAUUUCACUAAAGCUUCAAAUAUGGAGCUAACCAAAGCUACAAUAGGUGAUAGGCAAGCAGAAUUAUAUGAACAAUUAUCGUAUUUUAUUCGUAUGAUUUUAUCUCUAGGGAAGGGGAAUAUCACCGAUGAUAUCAAAUUAAAACUAACCCAAUAUCAGAAGAGUAUGGAUCCGGGUGUAUCUAAAGAAGAAUCUCAUUUGCCUAUAUAUAAAAAUAUAUCAAACCAUACUACUAAUCAAGCAAUGGUGUCUAAGAAGCCUUCUUUUGUAUUAAAGGAAAUUCCUCAUAUAUUUGUUCUGAAAGAUAUAUUCAAUGUUACCGAAUCUAAAUUACAAGCAGACGUGAUCGCAUCAUCUAUACAUAUUUCAAAUGAAGAAUAUUGUAAAGAAUUACGAGCUUAUAGAGAUUCUGUAGAUACAAGUGACUCUUCGACAUUAAUUAAAGAAGAUUUUGAUAAUGUUCUGGACUAUAAUGUUUGGAAAAAAUUCGAAUUAAAAGAAGUAGAUGAAUUAUUAUCUAUUUAUGGAGAUAAGAGGCAUACUGAACUUUCAAAAAUGAAUAUUUGGAUUCCUGAGAAUUCAAUGAGCAUUUUUGUGAAAUUGAUAUCCCUCUUACUGCAAUUAGAAGCUGCAGAAAACUCGAAUAUCACUAGUUACUCUCAAAGGCUCGUUUUUUUCAUCUCAAAGUUUUCAAAAUAUUGGCGUUUAAAUUUUCCAACAACUCUACUGUCAUUAUUAUAUACUUCUGCAAACCUAACUAUCCUGUCAGAUAAAGAAUUAAACAUUACAACUGCAGAGAGUUUUUUCAAUUUUAUGUUUACUGUUGUUCCUGGAUCAAAUGAUUAUUUAGAUACACAAUAUUGGAAUGAUCAAGAUAGAGCUCGUUGGGCCUUAAACAUGUCUCAAACUUCAAAUCAAUGCAUGGUUCAUCUAGAUAAUCUACUAUCAGGAAUUUUUGGAAAUACUAUGCCAAAAUUAAACCCAGUUCUGUUAUUUUAUUACAGCUAUGUGUUAGAAGACACAGCAUUUAUGUCAUUUGAAGAGCAAUAUGAGUCUGAAAGAAAAAAAUGGUUGAAACAAUUAAGAAAAACACUAUUUGAUAGUAGCAUAGAGUAUUACGUUUCUCUCUUAGAUUCGAUUCCAAAAGAUAAAACAAUUGACAUUAUUCACAUACAAGAUGUGGCACAAUUAAUUAUCGAACGUAUUGAACGGUUACAGAAAAGAUUUACAAAACCAUUACUAGAUACUAUACUUAUCGCUCCAGAAUGUGCAUCAUUUUUAAUUGAAGCUUUUGGUACCGAUUUUUCUACAAUGAUCAAACGAGUAACAAAAUAUAACAAACCAGAUUCUGCAACAGCGUUAGAUGCUUAUAAAGUAUUCAGAGAAAUCCGUUAUAUUUACCUACAAGUACAGCCAAACAAAAAAUUUCCAUGUAAACUUGAAAAUGUUUUCUUCGAAUAUUUACUUCAACUAUGUGAUGAUGUUAGUUCCAAGAUAGUUAAGGUAAUAACUAAUUCGAUAAAAAGUGAAAAUUGGGAACCAAUUAAUGAUACUGUAACCUAUAGUCAAUCGGUAUUAGAUAUUUUUAAAAUGUUCAAUGAAUCUAUAUCAGUCUUUAGGAAAUUAGAAUGGGAAAAUGAGUAUCAAAUCUCAAAGAUAAUUACGUUCAUCUUGAAGACUUUUUCAGAUGGCUUAAAUGCUUAUAUCGUUCAAGUUUUAGAAAUAAUAGAAUCUGAUUUGCAGAAUGAAGAUGAAAAUGAAGAACUAGGUUCAGAGGGUAUCAAAGAAAAAAAUAUUAAAUAUUCGUCAAAGAUUCCUAAUUCUUGGAACUUCCAUGACAUUAAGAAUGUCUUACUUUCAGAAAACGUAGUUGAGAUCCCACAGCCUUAUGAAUAUAGAAAGAGAACUUGUACUCUCUUAUGCAAUCUGGAAGCAAUGAUUGAAAAAUUAAAUGCCAUGGAUGAUUAUAUCCAAGCAGAACAUAUAUCACAGAUAAUAGCCGAAAAUGAAAAAAAAGGGAAGUCUGUCAAGGAUAAUAUUGGCAGUAAAAAUAUAGCCUCACUUGAUAAUUUGUAUACUAUUAGAAUCAUUAGUGCGGAUGAUGUAAAAGGAUUGUCUCAUGAUGGUUUGUCUAAUUUAAGUCUGAGUAUUUUAAAUCAGAAAUCUGAAAAAUAUAUAGGUAAAACUAAAACUGUCAAGAAAUCUAUAAAUCCGAUUUGGGAUGAGGAAUUUGAGUUUACUUCAUCUCAGAGUGAUUCAGUUCCUCUUUCUCUCAUUCUUUGGCAUCACACAAAUAGGAAAAUCGAAAAACUCAACAAAAUGCAGAUAUGUGGUAAAAUUUCAUUUGUAUUAGAUAAAAGAAAGAUUAAAGAAAAUGGCUAUCCAAAUAGUUUCCUUUUACCAUUUGAUACCCAAGGAUAUCUAGUCUUCGAAGUAUCAUUAGAAAGAGAGAAAUUGGAUGCCAUGUUUUCGAUGGGUAAAAUAUAUAGAUCUUUGAUAAGAGCUAGAAAUAGAGCUAUUGAUCUUUUUGUUUCCAAAUGUUUUACAUUUAUUCAAUUUGCAUUUUCAAGGGAUACUCUGAAAACCAUAUGUGGUAACAACGGUAAACAGCAAUCUCCUAAAAACGCUAUUUAUGAUGCGAUUGUUCCAUUAUUCGAUUACUUAAAUUCCAAUUUAAAUAUCCUUGGUACUGAAUUAAAUGAAGAGUUAUUAUUUAAAGUUAUGCUUAACGCGUGGAACUUAAUCUUAAGAGCCGUUGAUAAUCUUAUUUUACCUCCACUAUCGAUAGGAAAAAGUGAAAGUGUUCUUAAUUCUCGUAAGAACACAAGUUGGACAGAGGUUGUGGCAUCAUCAUUCAAUUAUGGUACAAUUAUUCCCGGUUAUGGUAGAGCUUUAACUACUCUUGAAUUAGAAUCGAUUUUUAUUUGGCUUCGAGCAUUAUGUGUCGAUUUUUUUUAUAAUGCAGGAGAAGGUCCACCACUUGAGAAAUUGAAGAAUGAAAUUUACCAAGGUUUGUUACUAGUACCUAUAUUCUACGAUAAAGAUAUCAUAUCAUUGAAAGAAGAUGCGCAGAGAAUGGUUCCAGAAUACACAAAAUAUAUGCAAAUUAUCAACGGAGUUAGCACUAAUGAGGACACACCUAGUGAAAUUAACAAGAAUAGAGUCUCUAGUUUAAAUAAGCGCUUAGGUACAUUAGCUAGAAAAAAGACAAUUAUGGCCAAUGCUACUCUGAGAAAGAGAAAACAAAUGAAAAAGGAAUUAUCUGAAAUUAAGCAAGAACCAAUAAAAAAUGUUGAGCAAACUUUAAUAAUUGUUUUAAGGAUUUUGAUUAGCAAGGGAGAAUUAGAGUAUGUUCAUGAAAUAUUGAUGGAGCAAGAAAAGGCUAAAAAACGUAUUGAGGCUAGUCGUUUGAUUCAUCAGGCCAUUGAAGGAUAA